AUGUGGGUCAACUCAAAGGCAAAAGGCGAAAAGGCGAAAAGGCGAAAAAAAGAAGAAAAGAAGAAAAGGAAGAAAUUCGAGAGAAAAAAACAAAAUAGUGGAACCAAAUCAGAGCGUCUCGCCCCCAGGGCCUAUUCGAGUUCCUGUCGAGCCCUGGAGAGAGCCCAGACCGGUGAGAGAUUGGGCGCGUAG